GUUGGAUUGACAACAUGAACUCAUAUCCUCCAGAACUUCUUGUACAGCUUGCUCCGAGGAUGUUUGUUGGUGGACUGGAUCCUCCACAACCUCCCGGCGAGGGCCGCGAUCCGUUCGCAGUGCUGUCGUACCGGCUGCGCGAAGCGCUGCUCAACCAACGCAAAGUUGCGAUUUGGCAGCCAGAGAGAAACAAGACGUUUCAGGUCGUGAUUGUCGACAAGGACGUGCGCUUUCCGCCGCGCAAACUCGUCCCGCCGGACGACCCGCAAUACUCCAGCGCGCAUUCGCCGUUGUCUCCGCUUACCCCUACAUCUCCACUCUACCCGGACGGGCUCAUAGCGCCGAUAUGGGUCCGCAAGCAUACCACGCUCGUCCCGUCCGUAUUCGUCAUGUUCAUGCACAUCUUCGAGCCCUCUCAAAAUGCGCCGCAUUCCCCGCUUGACACUGGAGAUGGAGACCACGAGAGAGAGGCAGAGGAGCGGAUGAGGGACAACGAGCUGUGCGCGGAGAUUGCGCAGAGGAAGAAGUCAACGAGCGAGCGGGGAGUCAAGCUGACGGUGGUGCUGUUGGCGAGUAGACGGAUGCUGGACAACCCGUCGUUGGACGGCCGCUUAACAUACAUCCGGAGACAGAGCGGGCUUGACCCGCGGGCGGCCCUUUUCGUGCUGAGUCCAGUAUCGCAGGCCGAGAUCGGCGAUUUUGUACGCAGCCUGCAGGAGGCUCUGUACGAGCCCGCCCUGGAGUAUUACACGAACCACUCGAAGCGCGUGCGCCGAAAGCGCAAUCGCCACUCCCAGGCAGGGACGUCGUAUGCUGCACCGAGCCUAGCUGGGAGCAAGUCGGCCGCACGGCCGCUCAGGCCGGAGGGCUGGACGGUCAGAUACGAGUACAAGAUGGCAUGCUUUGCGGAGUUUCGUGGAGAGGACGAGGUUGCGCUGAAGCACUAUCAGGAUGCAUAUUCGACGCUGCUCCUGAUGUUCGGGUCGACUGCGAUCCUGCCCCCUCGUACCAAGCGUUGGGCAGAGGCAAAGGUGCUGUCCGACUGUAUCGACCUCAAAAUAUGCAAGCUGUAUCUGUAUAACAAUGAGCACGCACUCGCACUCGCACAGCAUACUAGCCACAUGCGCAAAUUUGCAGACUUCUCACGGGGUUGGGGAAUAGGCGAGGAGACGUACGAGUUCUGGAGCUGGCUCGCGAGACAACAUCGCGCCUUCGCGGAACUGCUCGAGCAGGGCACGCGUUCGACGCUCAAAAUACCGACCCAUUUUUCGACGUCCCCACCCGCCGCAGCCGCUGCAGUGCUCGCAGCACAAGCGCUCGAUGCCAACCAGCGGAGCGUGCUCGAGGUGGAGGCAAUGCAGGUGCUCGGACUGAACCCUGCGCAGGCGCUGCAGCAUCCUGGCUUCUACUACUACAUGGCUGCGCGUUGCACGGAGCGCAGACGGGAGCGCUUUCUGGCUGCUCUAGAUGCCGAAGCGAAGCAGCAAGUGACAAUGACCGCUCCUGGGUUCUCGAAUGAGAAGAAGGUGGAGCAUCUUGCGGUUAUCUUGGAGCUGUAUACGAGAGCCUAUGAGCUCUUCAAGGCAUACAGCCCCGCGACCGUCCAAGGCCAGGGACGGUUGACACUCUGGAUUGCAUACGGGAUCGCACACACGUACUACGAGUCGGGCAAGUUCGACAUGGCUGUCCGUUUCUUCGAGCGGAUUGCGAAAACGUAUAGACGGGAACAGUGGGAUUCUCUGUUGCAGCCACUGCUAUCAACGUGGUAUUCUUGCGCGCGGAAGAUGGGUGAUGUGGAGCUGAGUGUGCGAUUGCUGAUUGAGAUGUUGGGACAUGAUAUCAGGACGCAAUCGGAUGACCCUGAUUCCACUCAAGAGGACAUGCUAGCCGCGCUAAAGAGCAGCGUGCCUUCUACAACGGAGGCGACCUUGGUCGUAGACUCUUCCGACUCACAGCCCAUAUUGAACUCCUCGAUUAUCUUCUGGCAACCAGAUGCAAUAGUGGGCGAGGCUGCCGCAUUCCAGAUAUCGCUCAUGGCGAGAGAGAACGUGUCUUUGUCCGCAUUGCCCUUCUCAUCAGCGACGAUACAUUUCUCUGCGGAUAUUCCUCCCAUCGUCGUUGAACAGAUAUCGGCGGAUUCUAUGGAGAACAUCCCUCUGGUCCAAGAAGUCGACUUAGGCCACAUAGGCCAGACAGCCGACGAUGUUGAAAGCAAGAAAAUUCGGGCAUCCUUCCGUUGGCGCCCACGCGGCAUAGUGGUUUUCGUUGGUACAGUCUCUACUGACAUGCCGGCAGUAAUUAAGGUCAUCAAAGUAGUUUUGCGCAUCGCAGAAGGGAAUUGGCGAAUAGAUUUGCCCCUACAACCUUCCCACUCUCGUCACCCCGACAUUGGAUACCCCAAUUGGCUGAGUUCGCUAGAUCCAGUCAAAUUUGUCCCCAUACGGAGAGAUCACUAUACUUCUAUGAUUAUACACUACAAGCCACACAGAGUCAGUGUGUCCCUUUCACAUCAUGCUCCUGCAUAUGUCGGCGAACAAUACCCCAUCGCCAUCAAUGUGACGAACAUGGAUGAACGAGAAAUGGAUAUGAUCGUCGAUACCCUCCUUCAACCAACCGAUGUUGACGAGCCUGAGGACUUCAUCAGCAUUGGAGACGAACGCUCUGCCAGCCUGAUCAAAGGCGUUUCGCUUGGUGUGAUCGGCCCUGGUGUCAGCACCACAGUCACCCUCUAUCUCACGAGUGCAGGCAGCGUUUACGACAGAGUCGUUGAUAUCUCGGUGCAGUCGCGCGUAACAUCGUCCACUGCGGAGCCCACCAGUCCUGCGUCGCCAAAAAGUCUUACAGCGCCGUCGCUUAUCGAUAGGGACGAGACGUUGUGCACUUUGUCCAUUCCACUUACAGAGCCGAUAGCGACUGAGCAGCGGGUGGUCUACAAGAGCACGCUUGCACCACGACCAGGCCUAGCGGAUCUCCGGACGUAUGAUCAUGAUUUCUGGGACGACGGUGAUGCAGGGGAAGCGGUUGUAACCACCGUAUGGCGUUGCACAGCUCCUUCAGGAAUCGUGGUUGAGAGUAUCAAGAUGGUUAGGCAGGACGGUGAGCAUGCCAAGGUUGUCGACUGCUCUGUCGAACAGGAUUUUGAGGAAUACCUGACCGAUUGGCUGCCUGGAGACGAGUUCUGCGACCAUUGCCGACUCAGUCUAGCAGCCGGGGACCAUGAAAUACGGAGUGCGGGAGUGAGAGCUCCCGGGGAGUACGAAAUUUCUUGGAGAAGGCUUCUUCCUGAGGGACGCCAUGGAUCUCUAUCGCUCACUCGUUUCCCUUUGCCUGCUUUACAUCCACCUUCAGAUGAGCUUAUCGCGCUAAUGGACGUCCCACCGUCUGCGAAGCUCCACGUUCCAAUUCAACUCCGUUUAAUAAUCCGGAAUCAGCGUCCAGAUCGGGCUGCCAACGUCGUCAUCCAUCUCGAGGCGGACAGCUCCGACAGCUUCAUUGUGGCAGGCUUACGGAGCGGCCGGAUACCCAUCUUGCUGCCAGGGACAGAGGAAGUUGUAAUAUGGAACCUGAUCCCCGUCGAAUGUGGCUUCGUCCAAGUACCACAAAUCAAGGUUAUGGAUCGCAGGAAGAAUACGGACGCGGAUAUGGACGAUUCAGGCUUCCAUGUCGCCAUCGUAGACGUAAGGCAUGACGAGAGAGGCGGGCUGGGAGAAACGGAGGACCACGAGCUGGCGGAUGCUGCAGGACGCGUUCACAUGACACGAUAUGCGGAACAGCCUAUUGUCCUAGUGUUGCCAUGACACUGCAGACAGUUUGUAAUGCCUUCGACGCCUCGGCAGGACCAGAAAAGAAUGGGAGCAUGCGGAAUGAUUCGAGGUCGAAUGUAAGACGGUAUAAGAACGAUACUGAGUGACCGCUUGAUGGGCAGAAACUGGGAUGAACGCAAAGACAGAGAUAGCUGGGAGUGGGCUAGUGAAAGAUAUUGAACUCUUUAGUCUUAUUGCCAGAUCCCCUUGUGGUAAAUAAUCUGGUCCUUGCAGAGAAAUUUGUCGUGGGAGCCAUGAUCGAGUCAACUGG